UGUAAAAAAACACAGUCAUGGCUCCUGUACGUGCUUGCCCUUUUCUGUCCCACUCUUUGCCUUAUUCCUUUCUCUUUCGGCGCUUCUCUAUCCUGCUCUUCCGUUCACUGUUCCUUCCCUAAAAUCCCGCGCGUCAUACUGUCUGAAUUCCCCACUGCCCCAAUCAUCUUUCCCGACCACAUCCCCCUCCAAAAGAACAUGGAUUUCAACGUAUUCCCUGAGAACAUCGAUUACGAGGUUCUUGAGGCUGCGUGUAUCUUGCUCAACAUUAGUCAAGACAUUCAUACACCAGAGACACUUACACCCCCAUCUGGCCUUAUUUCUCAAUUACCCAUAUCUAUUCCUUCAUCUUCACACAAGCUUCACUGCACUCCUAACGCAAUCCACCACGUAUCUGCUCCACAAGGGCCAAUAAUAGCUUUCGCGACCGCCGAGCAAGUUUCAAGAAUUCCAACUGACAUUGAUGGCUCAUCAGUUUCGCGCUGGAGGUCGCAGCAACCGCUCUGGUCGCUCCCAGGCAGAUCAUGAUGUCUUCGAAGGUCUACCUGUUCGUCAAUGGCACCAAUCUGAGUCAAUAGUCGGUCUUCCACCACCAACAGAGGUUGCCCAGACUGGAGACAAUGCAUGGCCAGAACUACCUAUGCCACGCGAUUCAGCACAGCUUGCUCCUUGGACACAACAGUUGUUGCGUGAAGCAAGAAGACCUAGACUUGCCAAGAGACCUCAGGAACCAACCGAAGACGACAAGCCAGAAGAAGAAGAUGAGAAUGAAGCCGUUCAAACUGGAUGGCAAUCGAAGAAAUGGAGCCAAGUGCCAUCGCAUCUCGAGAAACCAGAACGCGAGUUCCUUGCCAAGCGCCGAAAGGGCCUUCCUAGUCUGCAUACGCAAAUAGCAUUGCAAGCAGCAAAUGCCGCGGCUUCUUCGGCACCCACCAGGAGGACUAAGGUUAUGAAAUCAGACGCAGACGGCAACACUACCGUCUACGAAGUUCUUGUUCCCGAAGGCCAAACCGUUGAAGGCGAGGUGGUUGACGAUACUGUCAUGGCGGAUGCUGCACCAGUGCAAGCAGCUCCAGGCACAGUCAUUGAAGGUGUUGGUAUCGCGAAUGCUGAAGGUGUCAUUGUCGCCACCGAUCUACUUCAACAACAGCAACAACCGAUGAGACGCAAACCUAUCCCUCCACGCAGAAUCAGAAAGGGUGGACCUGGCCGUGGAAAGAAGAAGGUCAUGUUUAACCCUGAUGACGGUCACAAUGCCGCAGCAACUUCGACUCCUGGAGGUGGAGUUAGUGUCGCAACGCCCUCGACUUUGAAUGCAAACGCGGAUGAUUCGGCAAUGGACAUUGAUUCUACUCCGAAGCCCGACGCUAACGACAAUGACGACAACGACAAUGACAACGAGGAGGGAGAUGAAGAGGAUGGUGAAGAAGGCGAAGAAGGCGACGAGGAUGACGAUCGUGAAGAUGGCGAGCUCAGCGACGGAGAGGACCCUCAGGUUACUGAACAAGAACCCGUCUCUGGACUCGAAGAGACCGUGUCGGCACCUGCAAACGUCGAAAUCGAAGUUGAAGCAGAUGAGCCGACUGUCGCAGCCGUGGAAGAAGCACAAGAUGAGCCGACUGUUUCUGUCGUUGAAGAAGCACAAGAAGUAGCACAAGAGCUCGUGGGGGAAGCACAAGAAGUAACGGAAGCACCCGUGGAGAUCACGGAGGAACCAGCAACCAUUGCUACAGAAGAGGAAGCUGACGAACAACCAGUCGCAGUGACCUCUUCUGAGGUCAAGGAGGCGGAGAUAGCAGAAGCCUCGGAGCCCCAGGAGGAAGCACUCACCAAGAAGCUCGACAACGACACCAAAGCGGGAUCAGAAAGGUCAGAGGAGGAUGCAAUCGAGAGAGACACGACCAUGAAAGAUAGUCCCGAAAAGGACACGACUAUGGAGGAUGCACCCGACAAAGGAACAGACGAUUCGUAGAAAGAUUCUGUGACUGCCCACUCUGCCUUUCGCGCGCGUACUCUUCGUCCCAAGUUAGGACAACGCGAGUAUUAAUAGCGGCAGCGAAUUCAGGCUAUGAUACAGCGCAGAAGUCUCACGGAACAAACCACGUGGUAUUCCGCCCUGACAGCGUAUUUCAAGCACUUGCUAGUACCAGAUACAAUUCUUUCCAAGCAAUCGACAAUUUGAGACGCCACCACGUCGAUUCUAGCUCUCUCAUUGCUGUACGUUCUUUAAUGUCUAG